CUGUGACUCUUCCUCUUUACAUCUCGUGCUCUUUCCUUGGUUCAACCCUCAGAUAUUAUCAUUCAAGAACAACCUCCUGUAUUGUUGAUUAUUUCGGUAAUGGUGCAGUGUGUUUUGUUCUGUGCAGGUUGUGGUGAUAAGAUGAAGGCCAUGCAGGUGAUUUCCUUGACUCUGCUGUCUGUACUUGUAGCCAGCGCUCAAGUAGUGAAUAUGGGAAAAUGUCCUCAACCUGCUGUUCAAGCCGACUUUGAUGCUUCCAGGUACCUUGGUAAGUGGUAUGGGAUCAAGAAGCUGCCAACAUUCUUCCAGAAAGGGGAGUGCAGCACUGCCACCUACAGUCUGAAGAGUCCUGGAGUUGUUGGGGUCCUCAACAGUGAGCUGCUUGAUGAUGGAACCAUUAGUUCUAUCACCGGCUCUGCCAAGGCCAAGGACCCCGCCGAGCCCGCUAAGCUGGAGGUCUCUUUCUUUGAAGGAUCUCCCCCUGGUCCCUACUGGGUGCUGUCCACCGACUACGAGGGUCACUCUCUGGUCUACGGCUGCACCGAAUAUGGCCUGUUACGCAAAGAGUUUUCCUGGAUCAUGAGCAGAAAGCCCACCCUAUCUGAGGAGACCAUAGAGGAGCUGAACAGUAUCCUGUCCUCUGCUGGAAUCAAUGUGGACAAGAUGGUCCCUACUAUUCAGGAUGAGACUUACUGCAGCGCUAUGAACCAGUAAACGGAGAAACUCCUGUUUCAGCCUUUACAGGACUGUAAGGAAGGGUGACUUAGAUUCAUGACAUUACACACUAUGCUGUCUUAAUGCAAAGUCAAUACAAUAAACCUGUAAAACUUA